GUAUUAUUUGCUGUUGAUGUUGUCAACCAGCGUGGCAACAGGAACACAAUGGGGGAAAAUUUUACUUUGAAACACGGACCCACGGUUGACUUGGUACCGUCAGUGAUACGUGCGGAAUAACCUGCUUGGCGACGUGGAAAACUUCCUUGUUAAAACCUCUGUGUUAAAACUAGCUCGGUUUGUCACUCUCACAAGGUCGAUUAUGUUGAUCUGUCUUCUUGCCAAAACAAACCAAAACAUCAACCAAGACUUUGAAAUACUACUGGAGGAAUACUUCUGUUGUUAUGUGGCAUUAAAAACCAGGAAUUCGCGGAUAACUCAAUCACAUGGAGAAUAAUAACACCAUUAAUGUUUCAUCAUGAAUGUUGAGUUAUAUUCAAGUGACACCUUCACCGCAGACUUUGCUGCAUACAAACAGAUUGAAGUACACGCCAACCCUUUAUUGGUGAAACGAAUGAUGCGACCAAACGGAACUUGACAUUUUGAUCAGCAACAUCAUCAUAGUGCUGCGACUUGACUCUCUUUGAUAAGUAACGACGUCAGGAGGUGAUACUUUUAAGAGGAAACAUGGUGAGGGGUUCGUAUAAGUUGGAUCUGAAGAGGGACGAUGCUAGGACGCUGAUGCUGAAAAUGGACGCUCGUCUGACGUACGCCGGCCGCGAACGGAACGUAGCGUACCAGCUUGAGGGCAAACGUGAGCUCAGACAGCUGGAGUCAACUCUGCGUCUACUCAACGCCGAUUUGAACCGAGCACAGAAGAAGAUCCAAAAGCGCAUCGACUUCUUCCAGACCCUACAGAAACAGAACAAGGAGAGGCGUCAGAUGAGGGAGAUUGCAUGGUGCGAAGAGGAAGAGAACGAAUGGGAGAGGGAAACCAGGGCAGCAAGACGACGGAAGAUGUUGCCAAAGAUUGAGAUUCGUGAGAACCACAAGGCCGAGGUUGUAGGGUCCGUUCGGCGAGAUCAGAAGAGGGAAUACGCUAACAAGAUGGCACGAGAGUCUCAUCUUAACAGGUCUCUUAAUGCACUGAGUAAAUCAUACGCCGAACACAGAACUUUGACAGAACGCAAUAGAGCCAAAUUAGAAGAACUUCAAGGUGAAGAUGGAAAUAACAUUCCGAUCAAGCCUACAGGUGCCGCAGGUGAACCUAAGAUAUCAAGAACAAAGACAGCACCAGGACAAAUGAGUCUACCCCAGCUAUUGGGUAAGAUGAGAACAGAUACCUCUCUGCAAAGUGUCCCGCAAAGCCACAAGAUUGUUCGACUACCGGGUGUUAAUACUGGGCACGAAGGCACACCAGCGUUGUACAGCGGACUGGCCAAGAAGAAACCCAAUGAAAUGGUUGGAUCUUUUUACAUGAGCACCAGUACGGCCCAGCAUGAUAAUGGCACGGCACCCCAACGUAGAGUUUUCUUGGUAGAUCCUACUUUGGGUAGUGAAACCGCCCACCACCGGGCUGACAGUAAACGUUCCAGCAAGCCCCAAGUCUCAAAUGCCAAACCCUCAACUAAACGACCAAAGCCACUCUCCACACUCGUUUUCCAACAGAACACGAUCCCGCUCAGAUUCUACGAACAGGAAAAGAAUCCAUUCGAUGGAGGGGACACCAUACCUGCCCUGAAUCGCUCCAUGGACCUUAUUAAUGCUGAUAAGGACGACGAGCUUUAUAUCUGGCUAGGGUUGGAGUCCGAGGAAGAGCUCGAGAGGUUGAGGAGGGGUGAGCUUGUUCUCCAACAAUUCGACGGGGACAACUGUUCAGACGCGAUUAGCAAUGAUGUACCGUGAUUUGGUAAAAUGGAGAUAUUAGGUGAUUCGAGGAUCAUUGGACUUUUGGGACAGUUGCAAAACUCAGAAAACAUCAUCAACUUAUGAGGGAUCAACGAUGGAAUUAUCAACAAUUACAAAAGAUCAAAAUUCAGAUAUGACACAUGUUGGUUAUAGAAACAGUCCAUCCAAAAAGUCAGCCAGUAAUUAUCAUCGUGUACAUAAACACAUAUGUUGUUUUAACAACUAUAGUGUUGGAGUCAUGACUCCAUUAACACGUUAUUGAUAAAUUUCUUCCGUUUAACUCAACUGGCACAGCUUUGUGUGGUAGAUUGACCAAUUUGAAUGCAAAUUAAGUUACUUUCAAAAGAAAAAUAACGAUGAGUGCGACCACUUCUAGGGUGGGAAAAUCGUAUCAUGGACAAAAAACAGUUCAACCCGAUGAGAAUUCUUUUGAGAGCAGGGCCCAAGAGCUCCUUAAGCAGGAAAUAUUGCUUAAGAAUGUUCUGCUUAGCAUAAAUUAGCAGGAUACCAAUUACAAAUUGUACAUGUGACAUGGUAUUUUGGCUGGCUAUCCUUUUUUGGGGAGCCUACUUUUGUUGCUUAUAUUAAGCAGCUCAGAAAUGGGGCCUUGAACUGUUUACACCUACCGCAGGUUGAUCAGGCCAUGGUUUAAAUUUGUUCCUAUUAAAAAGAAAAUUGCCAAUCAUCGAUAACAAACAAGUUAAUUUAAUCCAGGAGGCUAUUAAUAAUAAGGUGUGACACACAAAAUAAAGUGAAAGUACUUUUCCAAGGUAAAUUCGGCACUGGGGAAAACACUAUAAAUUUUACAUUCGGUCAUGCAUCAUCUCGCGAACUAAUAAACACUUUUAUGCAUAAUAAAGUAAUUUUGUCAAGAGCACAUUCUUGGCAGAGUUAUUGAUAUAGGGAGCUACUUCCAAAAAAAAAAAAAAAAAAGGGGUGACACACAUUAUUUGCCCUCACGGAUAUUUCAUUGUCGAUACUUUCCAUCCAGCCGAGUGUAGGCUCGUUAAUCUGGUUUAUUGCAUUUUUGUUUGUACGUUUUGUUUGUGCCAGUUUCUUUGAAUCCGUUGUUGAUACUAGCUUACGAUACGAUCACCCCACGCCGAUGGAGUGGAUACAGCCUUGUAUUUGUUAGUUAGCUUAUUUUGUUGCGCAAACUCAUUUUGUAGCUGUCUUUUAUUUGCUGGAAACGAGUGGAAUGUCUUCCAUUGAUUUUUGUUUGAAACUACUUGCAUGCGGAAGCAAAUAUUGUUAUCUUGUGAAAAAGGGUAUGAAGCUCAUUAGUAAAGUACAAUAUUAUGCAAAUAAAGUACAAUAUUAUGCAAACGAAA